UGAGCGGGCGGCAAGGCUCGCAGCAGGCGUCCGCAAAUCGUAGUCUCCAACCCCACCGACUCCUCAGUCUUCUUCCAGCCCAUCUUUUCUCCCUUCAGCAAGCACCGUCCGCUAUCAUGGGCAAAUCCAACAAGUUCGACUACACCAAUCGCCCCAACUCCGGGGCCAAGCUAGGCCACAUCAUCGGCACCGCCCUGCAGAAGGAAGCGGAAAAGGGCAAGAAGGACGCGGAGAAGCAAGCCAUCAAGGCCCGAAAGCAAAGCUCCAGCAGCUCUUCUGCCCCAACCGAUGCACCUCCUGCUCCAACCGCUCAUGUCAUCGAACUCAUCGCCCCCAACAAGGAUCUCGGCGAUGAAGGGACCUGCGCGCUGCUGGAUGGGUUGUACGCUGCCCUUUCCACCAACGGAGACGUCUCUCUGGCCCUCGAAGUCCUCGACCUCUCCAGCAACGCCAUCACCACAGCCUCCCUCCCCUCCCUUGCUCGCGUCAUCGAGCUGGCCAAGAACGAGCUAAAGGUCCUGAGUCUGGCCAACAACAAGAUCACUGUGACCACUCAAGACGCAGCCGAGCACUGGGCUUCCUUCUUGAAAGCUUUCCGACACUGUUCAAGACUGCGACGACUCGACCUCAGCGGCAACCAAGAUCUGGGCAGUCGAGCACUGGAGAUUCUUGCUCGCACACACGUCUCUGAGCCCCACAUUGAUCCCAUUCCAUCGGUGAGCGACGAAGAUGCAUUUAUUCCACAGGCGCGAAGCAGCAUGUCAAGGUCUCGCGCGGAGCAGAAUGAAGAGCCAGAGCGCGAACAGAGCGAUCUCGCAUCAAACAUCUCUGGCGAACCGAUGAGCACAAGGUGUGGCCUCCGCUCCAUUCCCUACAUUUCCCUCCGCGACAUCGGGCUCAACGACUCUGGCGCCAUGUGGCUGUCUUACGUCCUCGAAGAUCACCAUUACCCCAACCAACUGCUUCCAGAUCUCGUUCCUGCCCAGUCAGACUCCACUCCGACAACAGCUCGCGCACAAGACAAAGGUGGCAGAGGAUUGGAAUGGACGCAUGACGGGGUGUUGUCAAGAGAGGGUGUCCAACUACUCGAAAAGGCGGAGGCCAGAAGAUGGCAGACAAUGGUGGAGGACAACAAGAUGGCGGCAGACACCGAUCACACCGACGUCGACAGCUUGUUCGGAGACGGUGGAGGAAACAGAAGAAAGUCGUCAGCCGGAGCGCCCCUGACUGCAGUCAAAGAGGACCGACGGACGAGCAUCAAAUCUCUCCGAUCCACGGACGCCGGCGAACAAGAAGCGAACGAGAUUGACAGUGCUCGCAAGAGGCUCAAGCGUGCCAUCAUUGCCCGAGAUGGAGCGUUCAGUGUCGAACUGUGGCACGCAGCUUUGACACUCGUCAAUAUUUCUCGGCUUCUCCUCUACGUCACUCCCAUGACCGGCGAAUGCUCCGACAGUCCUCAGUCCUUCUCCUCGCUUCCUGAUCCCAGCAUGCCACCGGUACCAGCUAUACUGGCUGCCCAAGACAGUGCCGUCGGCGAGUCCGGCCACCGGCUCUGCAUGAAUGGCCACAAUUCUCAAGCAUGCGAUGCUUCGAGGCUGGCCGUGAGCACACGCGAGACUGCACUGACGGAUGCGACCAACACUCCCAUCACGCCAAUGCUCUUCCAAAAGCCAAAGCAUCGCAAAGGUGCCUUCAGCGAGGGCAACGACCUCGACAGUGUGGUCAAGAAGCUGAACGUGCUGAUGAUCCGCAACCAAGAUCCCAUGCGAUUCAUUCGCCAUCAGCAAGCGUGGACAAGACAGGAGAGGGCAGAGGGGCGCCCAUUCCGCAACCCCUCGUCACCCUGCCCGCUCCCCUUCCAUAUCGUCAUGCGCAUUGUGGGGCAGCUCAUGUCGGGUCGGGAGAUCAGCGUAUUGACCGAAGAGCAACGGCGAGCGGCGGUGCAAUGGGGCCUGAGUCGGGAGACUUUCGCUACGGAGCGGGAGUGGCUGAGGAAGGAUGACAGCGCGCAGAUCUUGAUGCUGCUCGAUAGCAUCCACUGCCUGGCCUAUGCGCAGUAAGUUGAUAGGGGAGGGGAUGGAAUGCGUGCAGCAGA